AAGUGAGGUUAUAUUUUCAAGUCGCAAAAAAUAUGAUUUUCAAGUAUGUCGUUCUACACGUUAACUAGAUCUCUAAAAUUGUUAAACUUAACAAACACCCUGAUCAAACCUAACAAUAAACCGGCACAAAUAUGUAACUGUUUCCUACAAACCAACCUGAGUUGGUAUUCAACUGAAACCACUGAGCAAGAGAAGAAAAAGAGGCCUAAGACUGUUCCAAUACCUCGUAUAACCUUAAUUUCUGGUGAAGAAGUGAAAAUUACGACUCUGGAGGAAGCCCAAAGAAUAUCAAAACGCAGGGACCUGAAACUGGUUAAAAUAAUUGAUUUAGAUGCAAAAACUCAGAGACCUGUCUAUAAAUUGAUGACAGGGUCUGAGUAUCAUGCUGAAGAUUUGAAACAGAGGGAAAAUAAGAAGAAAGAAAGGGAAAAUGCAUCAAUUAAAGGAGAAAAGGUUUUAAUUCUAAGUAGUUCCAUUCAACAGCAUGAUAUUGAUGUUAAUGUAAAAAAAAUCAGUAAAUGGUUGAAGAAGUGCUAUGAAGUAAAGGUUGUUAUUAAUGGCGACGCUGGAAAUAUGGAGAAAGCUGAGAGUGUUUAUGGACAUUUGGAGGAAUGUUUAAAGCAAGAGGCCAGAUUUUUGCAGAAAAGGAUUAAAGGUUCAGACAUUAAAUUCCAAAUUUUGCCUCCAAAGCAGAACAAAAGUCAAGAAAGCAGCAUUUUAUGACUAACAUUAUUGGGGGGUGGAUUCACUUUAUAUUUGAAAUACUGGAUUUUUUAUAUAUUUUUAUUCAGGAAUGUAGACGACAAUAAAGAAGAAUCUGAUGAGAAAAAGAAGGGCGAGUAGAUAUAAUUUUAUGAUUGCUAUACAUUUUUAAUCAAUAAAAGUUUUUAAUGUUUA